UGAGUGCGCUAAUUGACGCGGCCCCAUGAAUGGAAUGUAAUCGUCAUCUCGACUCUCACCUUCUAUGUAUAUAAUCCACAACGGUCAGCCAGCCUUCCUCCACCCGCUCAUCAUCUUACUCAUUCGACAGACAGAAGGGAGGGAAGGGAAACUAUAUACUUUGUGGAAAUGGAAGAAUACUACGGCGGAGAGAGAGAGAUGACGUCGACAGAAUUGCAAGCGUAUUGUCAUGACAACGGCGGCGUUGCUUUGACAUGGAAGGAUUUGAGCGUAAGGGUGGUGGGUGGCGCGCCGCCGGAGAAGAAGGGGCGAUCCCGGUCCAUUCUGAAAGGGAUAACUGGGUAUGCUCUCCCCGGAGAGUUGCUGGCCAUUAUGGGGCCUUCCGGCUCCGGCAAGUCCACCCUUCUAGAUGCUUUGGCAGGGAGACUGAAUUCUAAUACCCGCCAAGCUGGGGAGAUUCUUAUCAAUGGCCGCAAAGAGACCCUUGCUUUUGGAACCUCGGCGUACGUGACCCAAGAUGACGCGCUGAUGACGACAUUGACGGUGAGGGAAGCCAUAACAUACUCAGCGAUGCUCCAGCUGCCGGACGCGAUGCCAGCGUCAGAUAAGAAACGGCGGGCGGAGACGACGAUCAGGGAGAUGGGGCUCCAGGACUGCAUCGACACCAGGAUCGGUGGGUCCUGGUCGGCGGCGAAAGGGCUGAGCGGCGGGCAGAAGAGAAGAGUGAGCAUCUGCAUCGAGAUUCUGAUGAGGCCCAAGCUGCUGUUUCUGGACGAGCCCACGAGCGGGCUGGACAGCGCGGCCUCGUACCACGUGAUGAAAAGGAUCGCCCACUGGGCCCGGCACGAGGGCAUGACGGUGAUUGCGUCCAUUCACCAGCCUGCUGCGGAAGUCUUCCAGCUGUUCCACAACCUCAGCCUGCUAUGUUCUGGGACUACCGUGUAUUUUGGGCCUGCCGCCUUGGCCCAACAGUUUUUCGCCAGCUCAGGCUUCCCUUGUCCGCCGCAGCGAAACCCUUCGGACCACUACCUUAGAACCGUCAACAAAGACUUCGACGAGCAAGACAGUACAACCGCGGCCGAGGAAAGCAUUGAGAUUCUGGUGAAGUCGUACCAAUCGUCGGAAAUCUCGCAGCAAACAGAGCAGCAAGUAGCUGGCAUAUGUCAGCAGGGGAGGGCAAGCCGCCGUCGUACGGUGCAGAAAGGAAGCCAGGCGAGCUUCGUUACCCAAUGCAGCGUCCUUACGCGGAGAUCGUUUGUGAAUAUGUACCGGGACCUCGGGUAUUACUGGCUCCGUUUCGCCAUCUACUUGGGACUCUGUUUCUGCGUCGGCACUGUGUUUUACGACGUCGGCCACGAUUUCGGCUCAAUUCAGGCCAGAGGUUCAAUGCUGUUGUUUGUUGCAGCAUUCUUGACAUUCAUGACAAUCGGUGGAUUCCCAUCCUUCGUCGAGGACAUGAAGAUCUUCGGACGAGAGAGACUAAACGGGCAUUACGAAGUGGGAUCGUUCGUCCUCAGCCACGCUGUGUCCUCCAUUCCUUACCUGAUCAUCGUCUCCCUAAUCCCUGGAGCAGUCGCCUACCUCCUCGUCGGCCUACAACGAACUCCCCAACAUUUCGCCUUCUUCGCCACGCUGCUCUUCCUAUGCAUGCUCCUGGUGGAGAGCCUGAUGAUGAUCGUGGCGAGCAUCGUCCCGAAUUACCUGAUGGGGAUCAUGACCGGCGCGGGGAUUCAAGGGCUGAUGAUUCUGAGCGCAGGGUUCUUCAGGCUGCCGCAUGAUCUCCCCAGCUGGUUCUGGAAGUACCCGAUGUACCACGUGGCGUUCCACAAGUACGCGAAUCAAGGGUUCUACAAGAACGAGUUCGUAGGGUUGGAGUUCCCUAGAACGAAUAAUGCAGGGGAAGGUGCAGGUUUAGUGCCGACGACGAUUGAUGGGGAGGAGAUUUUGAGGUAUGUUUGGGAGAUGGAGACAGGGUAUUCCAAGUGGGUUGACCUUGGUGUGUUGACCGGUAUGGUGGUUGUGUAUCGUGCGGUGUUUUGGGGGGUUUUGAAGUUCGGUGAGAAGAUUAAGCCGAUUUUGAGAGGUGGUGGUUCGGCUAAAAGAGCUACUACUGUGGAUGUCGAUGCUUGUUCAGAUGGUGAAAAUGCUGUGUAGGUGACGGUUCUGUAGUCUGAAUCAAAUGUGUAUUGGCCAGGGGGAAUCAAAUAAGCAAUACCCUGUACUUCUCGACUUUGCAUAUAGUGUUAGCUUUGAAGUUUGGAUCGAAUAAGCUUGUAUUAUAAAUAAGGAGCUGAAGAAGUUACCUAGCCUUGAUAUAUGGAGAUAAAGAGUAAACUGACUGCUUGAAAAAGACUCUUAUUCCAUAAUUGUAACGCACUUGUUCAUUCACAAAUACAAGGAAAUUUUCACCAAAAAAUGAAAACUACUAAAGUAGUAAAUUUUACAAGGCUUUGAGCUGCAUCAUUCGUAAAAAUGUCCCUGCUUUUCAGCUUUGCACACACCGUACAGACAUACAGACACAGAAUAAAUAGAAAUGAACUCAGAAGACCACCACUUCUUAUCUAAGCUUGAGUUGUUAAAAUGGCACCAGCUCUGCCUUUUCGCUGAGGAGUUACUGUCCCAAGUUCAUCAACUGCUUUUCGUAUGUUGCAGUGUAUAUGGAGACCCCGAUCACCAAAUCACUUUGGCGGGUGACCUACAUUCCAAGAAAACCUCGGUUCCCAAUCCUCCUCUUUCUGAGUCGCUCUGCUAUAAUGAAAGCUAGCUCCAGAGACUGAGAAGCAUUCA